AUGGCGCCACUGUGCAAAUGGAAAGGAUUAUUCAUGCCUAUAUACCAGUUCCCUGUAACUGCUUGUGGGACUACCAUGAAAGUACAAGCUGGUUAUAUGGUCUAUGAAAACAGGAUGUUCUCUACCUAUGAUGUUGGAGUUGGACCCCAUGGCUCAAUUACAAGAGACACUCACUAUGAGCUUUACUUCCAGUGUAAAUAUUCAGGUGUUGGCUUUGGGGCUCUGGCUAUUGAACCUUCAGUCAAUCAUCUUGUGCCUGUUGUUGCUCCUGGACCACUCCAAGUAGAAUUAAGAUUAGGAAAAGGUUCAUGUGUCACAAAGGGUUGUGUAGAAGAACAAGUAGCCUAUACCUCAUACUACAGUGUUCCUGACUACCCUGUGAUAAAGGUUCUGAGGGAGCCUGUGUAUGUUGAGGUGCAUAUCACUGGGAGAACUGACCCAAAUAUUGUCCUGGUUUUGGGUGACUGCUGGGCAACUACUUCCCCUAACCCAUAUAGCCUUCCCCAAUGGGACCUUUUGGUGAAUGGGUGUCCAUACAAGGAUGACCGCUAUCUGUCCAAGCUGAUACCAGUGACUGGGAUGUCUGGACUUGCAUACCCUUCUCAUUACAGACGCUUUGUCCUGAAGAUGUUUACGUUUGUGGAUCAGACCUCUGUGGCUCCACUGCAUGAGAUGCUCUACAUCCACUGCAGUACAGCUGUCUGUCUCCCAACUGCACAAGACUCUUGUGAACCAAUGUGCACCAAGAGAAGAAGAGAUGCUGCAGCAGGAGGGAGGUCUCCUGGUGCAUCAGGAAUAGUGUCUAGUGGAGGAGUGAUCUUUAUGCAAGUUUGA